AGCAAAUCACUCACGCAGUGGUCUUGGAGCUCGAUCACUGCCUCAUCGAUCGAGUCGUAGCUGGCGCUAGCAAUGGCUGCCAAUAAGCUCAACCUGUCCCCUCUCCUCGCCGCCGUCCUCCUCGCCGCCGCAAUGGUCGGCACGUCCCGUGCCGGCAACAUCGCCGUGUACUGGGGACAGAACGGCGACGAGGGCAGCCUGGGCGACGCCUGCAGCUCCGGCCUAUACGCGUACGUCAUGGUGUCCUUCCUCAGCACCUUCGGCAACGGCCAGACCCCGGCCCUCAACCUCGCCGGGCACUGCGACCCCGGCUCCGGCGGCUGCACCGGCCUGAGCUCGGACAUCCAGACGUGCCAGUCGCAGGGCGUCAAGGUUAUCCUGUCCAUCGGCGGGGGCGCCGGCAGCUACGGACUGUCCUCCACCCAGGACGCGCAGGACGUCGCCGACUACCUGUGGAACAACUUCCUCGGCGGCAGCUCGCCGUCCCGGCCGCUCGGCGACGCCUUCCUGGACGGCAUCGACUUCGACAUCGAGACCGGCGACUCGGCGCACUACGACGAGCUGGCGACGUUCCUGUCGCAGAAGGGGGGCGUGAUCCUGACGGCGGCGCCGCAGUGCCCGUACCCGGACGCGUCGCUGGGGCCGGCGCUGCAGACGGGGCUGUUCGCCACCGUGUGGGUGCAGUUCUACAACAACCCGCCGUGCCAGUACGCCGGCGGCGGCGACGCCACCAACCUGGUGAACGCGUGGAACACGUGGACCAGCAGCGUGAACGCCGGGAGCUUCUACGUCGGCCUGCCGGCGGCCGAGGCCGCGGCGGGGAGCGGGUACGUGUCCCCCGGCGACCUGACGUCGGCGGUGCUCCCCGCGGUGCAGGGUGACGCCAAGUACGGCGGCAUCAUGCUGUGGAACAGAUACUACGACGCGCAGAACAGCUACAGCUCCCAGGUGAAGGACAGCGUCUGAGCUAACCUGAAGACCCCAAGAUGUACCGAUCUUACGUGACAUACUAUAUAUACACACAGUGGUUACGUUGAGUUGUGCUAUAAAUAAGAGCAGAUAUAUACGUGUGCAUAUGCACAUCUGUCAUAUAUCUAUGAACUGGAUGUACUAUCAGCAAAGAUAAAUAAUAAAGGAAGUGUUUUGCAUUAAUUAAAAUACAUACAAAUUUGGCGAGCGGUAUCUCUGCUAGAUCCAGGAGAAACCCCACGCAGCUACCUUUUUGUUGCAGAUCAUGUAACCAGCGACCCAAAAUAAAUAAAU